AUGGAGGAGCAGUCGCCGGUGCCCUGCUUCAACAUCCCGCUCCGAUCACCGAUACUGCCAGAGCUCCGAACAUCGAUCCCCUGCGCUCGCCGCCUCCGCUGCCGACGCCAGCAGCCAGAGCCGGUUGCCGCGCCCCCGCGCCCGCCACGGCUGCAGCAACCCGAGCCGGUCGCCGCGCCCCCGAAGUCCGCUGGCCGCUGCUGCGACCUGCGCCUCCGCCCCUGCUCUGCUGGUCACCGCCUCCUCGCCGACCUCCUGCACUUGCCGCUUCCACCCUCCGUCGCUGUCGCCGCCGCCGCAGCAGCUCGCCCAAGCGCCGGCGCCCCUGUCGCCGCGCCUCCCACUGCUCUGCGCACCAACAGCCGCGCCACCGCCGACGUGCAGCGUCCGCCUUCGCUUCCCCCCACGCCAGCAGAUCCCGAGCCGGUCCACGCGCCUCCACCACCGCCACCGCCGCCCUCCGAACGCCGGCCCCCUGCACGCCGUUCCGAGCCUCCCCCCUCCGAGCGACGGUCGCCAGGAGCCGCCCCUGCUGCGGCACUCGCGAUUCCGGCGGCCCGCUGCCGCCCGAGCCCCCUCGCCGGAGCUCCUAACGCCGGCGCCUCUGUCGCCCACAGCUGCCCGUCCCCACAGCUAGCCGAGUCACCUUGA